GAGAACAAAAUAAUAUUAUAAUAUUAUACCUAUUAUACCUCUUAUUAACUCCAGCUAAUCUUACUAGCACACGGGAUUACGGGAAUAUCUAUUUAAUACCUUAAUUAAAGGUGCGUUGCUAAUAUUUUCCGUUGCUCGACGUCCGCAGUUACUGUCCGAAUUAUUCACCCGCGCCAACUAGCUUGACUCAAACCGUCACUUGGGCAUAAUAUCAUCGUACCGUUUACAACAAAAAAUAUUUAAUACACCUGUAUUAUUAAUUUAAUUGAAUUAUAAUUAAAAAACAAUAAUAAUAAUUUAAUAUGUCCGCCACUGGAACAAUAAGCGACGGCGACUCGCGGUUAAAUUCGCUGCUGUCCGAUUUGAUAUGUCUGGAUCGCGUCAAAACUGAAAUACCCGUGAUCGGCUUGGGUUGCAAAUACUUCACGAAGCUCAUUGACGGUCUCAAGGAAUCCUCCGCCGUCGUUGAGUGGAGUCUGAACAAAGCCACCAUCGGCGUGGAUCAUGUGGUCAGAUUUCCGUACGUCAAAGACCAACUGUUGGCCAUCGAUCGGUUGCUGUGCUCUUCGUUGGACCUGACAGAACUCUCAUUACCUGUGUUGACUAGAACGCCGCAAGAAAUGUACGAUGGAAGUGUAGAAUAUGUUAUUGGAAUAGUAACACCGAUUACCAACUGGGUUGACUUGGAGCUUCUGCCUCCAGCAGAAUAUUAUGUCGACCAUUAUUUGCCGGAAUUAGAUCUUGAUCAACAAAUAAAGCCUGUAGAUAGUGAAAAGGGCCCAAGAGCAUGUCAAUUAUCCGUGAAGCUUGUUCGACGCAUCAAACAACAUGCUUACGCCGAACCAAAAUAUUUGGGGAGCUUGAUAUACAGUUUAUAUGGAGAAUCAAUUUUACUGACGAAAAUAUUUGUUUUUGAACCAAAGUUGUUGCCAAAGACGUUUCGUCAGAUCUGGAAGAAACUCGGUGAUGGCGUGACACCGGCUGAGGUAGCUAAUAGCUUAUUGUUGGUGGAAAUGGGCUGUCUGCGAUUUAGAGAAGGAGCAUCUUUACUUGUCAAGAUGAUGGAAAUCACCGAACAAAUGGCCAAAUGUUACAUAGAAAUGUUUAUACGAUAUGUGUACGAAAAAAGAAAUUAUGUGGUCAACAACCUAUCGAGAGUUGUAAAUCCUAUGACAAAAAAACAGAAAAGAAACAUGGAAUCCAUGUCUCAACAUGAAAAAGUGGAAACUGAAACAAUAAACGAGAAUACAAAUGGUGGUGAAUAUUCAUCAUCUUAAAAUUUAAAAGAUUAUAGGGUAGGUAGCUUAAUAGUUCAAAUUGUACGGACGUACUGAGCUAUUUUGGUGGUUUCGUUUUUAAUAUUAAUCGUUUUUAUAGUUAAAAUUUAUUUUAUAUUUUACUAAUUUUUUUUUACAUUUUGUGCCUAUUUAUUUUGAAUUUUAAGUUUAAAACAAAGAAAUACAGCAAUUUAUUAUUAUAUAAACUUCAGUUUUUUUUUUGGUUUUUAAUUAACAAGGAAUUAAAAAAAAAAAUGAAUUGUAAAUUAUAAUACACCGUAUUUAAUUGAUGGUGUAUGUUUAGGCGUGUGAAUUUAUACUUUUUCUCAUAGAAUUAUUAUUAUUAUUAUUUUUUAAUUGGUCUUUGAACUACGGCAACUAUGGCUAUUAGUUUUUUUUGGGAGGUUACGGUUGGUUGAUGAACACGUCUUUAUAUGGCACAAGGACUCGUCACCAAGAACCCGGGUGGUCACCCAUCCGGGAGCCAGCGACGCUGGACGGUGCUUGACCUCAGCACACAUUAGGCCAGCUGUGCCACACCAGGCCUCUUUUGAAUUAUUAUUUUGUUUUUCUUUGUUCAUUUAAUAAUUUGUGAUUACCUGUUGUAACCUAUAUUCGUUUUACGUCAUCGUCUUCAUAUUCCCAUAAUACAAUAUACUUAUAUACUAUUAUAAUAUUUAGGUAGGUAUCUACUAUAGUCUACAAUAUUAUUAUUUAAUUAAAAAUAAAAAUAAUUUCCUGACUAGUUAUAUACACAUAAUUAUAUGAUAUUCAUGAUGUCUACAUUUUGAUAUAGGUCAAUAGAUACUUAUGUUUGAUAAUAAUACAUAAAAAAUAAAUAACGAUGAUGAUAAAUAAUAAUAAUAUUACAAACGAUAAAUAUACUGCACUAGUCAAUGAUGUAAUUCAAACACAGUUGUAGGUAACAAUGUUAACAUAGC